UCUUUGUUGUCAAGCCCGGCGGGCGGCGGGUGCCUGCGGCGCGGUCCUCGCCCCCUCUGCGGGCGGAGCGGUGCCCGCCAGGCUCAGCGCCCCCAGGGGCUCCCGCCAUCGCCGGGGACGCGGGGGGCUGAAGCGAUCGCUCCUCUCGGCCGCCGCGGAGCAUCCCUGCCCCUGCGCCUCUGCCCGUGGCUGUGCCAGCACUUUGCUCUUUCUGCCUGCGGAUCCCCCAGCGGGGCGGGGGAGGGAGAAAAGGACAGUGGGCUUUCUCCUGCAUCCCCCCCGCCAACCCCGCAGCUGGGCAGGAUGGUGGAUCUGGAGAGCGAGGUGCCUCCUCUGCCUCCCAGGUACCGGUUCCGGGAUCUGCUGCUGGGAGAUCAAGGCUGGCAGAACGACGACAGGGUACAAAUCGAAUUCUACAUGAAUGAAAAUACAUUUAAAGAGAGAUUAAAACUAUUCUUCAUCAAAAAUCAAAGAUCAAGUCUCAGAAUACGAUUGUUCAAUUUUUCUCUCAAGUUAUUAAGCUGUUUGCUAUAUAUAAUCCGAGUACUCCUGGAUGAUCCUACACAAGGAUAUGCAUGCAAGGAAUUAAACUGGGGUUGUUCAAGUCAAAACUAUACACCUGAAAAGAUUAAUUGGUCUCCUAUUAUUUGGGUGAACAGAAGCUUGCCGUUGUGGGGGUUACAGGUUUCAGUGGCUUUAAUAAGUCUGUUUGAAACAAUGCUCCUGAGCUAUCUGAGCUACAAGGGGAACAUCUGGGAACAAAUAUUGCGUAUACCCUUCCUCCUGGAAAUAAUCAAUGCUGUUCCCUUCAUCAUCACGAUUUUCUGGCCUGCUCUAAGAAACCUAUUUAUACCUGUGUUCUUAAAUUGCUGGCUUGCCAAACAUGCUUUGGAGAACAUGAUUAAUGAUCUCCAUAGAGCCAUCCAACGCACACAGUCUGCAAUGUUUAACCAAGUUCUUAUUUUAAUAUCCACCCUACUGUGUCUUAUCUUCACCUGUAUUUGUGGAAUUCAGCAUCUGGAGCGAGCAGGAAACAAGCUGACUCUCUUUGACUCCCUUUAUUUCUGCAUAGUGACAUUUUCCACUGUGGGCUUUGGGGAUGUUACACCCAAGAUAUGGCCUUCAAAACUGCUGGUUGUCAUUAUGAUCUGUGUUGCCCUUGUGGUGUUACCCAUACAGUUUGAACAGCUGGCUUAUUUGUGGAUGGAGAGGCAAAAGUCGGGUGGUAACUACAGUCGACACAGAGCUCAGACAGAGAAACAUGUUGUAUUGUGUGUCAGCUCUCUGAAGAUUGAUCUGCUUAUGGAUUUCUUAAAUGAGUUCUAUGCUCAUCCCAGACUGCAGGAUUAUUAUGUGGUUAUUUUGUGUCCAACUGAGAUGGAUGCUCAGGUCCGAAGGGUGUUGCAAAUCCCAAUGUGGUCCCAGAGGGUUAUCUAUCUGCAAGGUUCAGCACUGAAAGAUCAAGACCUGUUGAGAGCUAAAAUGGAUGAUGCCGAAGCCUGUUUCAUUCUGAGUAGCCGGUGUGAGGUGGACAGGACAGCAGCUGAUCAUCAAACAAUUUUAAGAGCAUGGGCAGUUAAAGACUUUGCUCCAAAUUGUCCGUUGUAUGUCCAAAUACUAAAACCUGAAAAUAAAUUCCACAUCAAGUUUGCAGAUCAUGUUGUAUGUGAAGAGGAGUUCAAAUAUGCUAUGCUAGCUUUAAAUUGCAUAUGCCCAGCUACUUCCACACUGAUCACUCUGCUUGUUCAUACUUCUAGAGGACAAACAGCACCAUGGGAAGCUUUUAGACAACUAACUGGAACCAAGCAGACUUUAACCAGGGAGGGCCAGCAAUCUCCAGAACAGUGGCAGAAAAUGUAUGGCAGAUGCUCUGGUAAUGAAGUGUAUCAUAUUAACCUGGAGGAGAGUACAUUUUUUGCUGAGUAUGAGGGGAAAAGCUUCACAUAUGCUUCUUUUCAUGCACAUAAAAAGUUUGGAGUCUGUUUGAUUGGUGUUAGGAGAGAAGAUAACAAAAAUAUUUUGCUGAAUCCAGGCCCUCGAUACACAAUGAGCUCUACAGAUAUAUGUUUUUAUAUAAAUAUCACCAAAGAAGAAAAUUCUGCUUUUAAGAAGCAGGAAGAAAAUAGAAAAAACAAUGAAUCAAAGGCAUGCUAUCAUGGACCUUCUAGGUUACCAGUACACAGUAUAAUUGCCAGUAUGGGAACUGUGGCUAUAGAUCUACAGGAUACAGGCUGUAGAUCUUCCAGUGGGCCUACACUAGCUCUUCCCUCAGAAGGAAGUAAAGGGGGGAGAAGACCUAGCAUAGCACCUGUCUUAGAGGUUGCAGACUCCUCUUCCCUUCAAACAUGUGACCUUUUAAGUGACCAGUCAGAAGAUGAAAUUACUCCAUCAGAUGAUGAAACUUCUGCAGGCUCAGAGUAUGCAAAAGGCUAUCCCCCUUACUCUCCUUAUAUUGGAAGUUCUCCCACAUUUUGCCAUCUGCUGCAUGAGAGAGUGCCAUUUUGUUGCCUCCGACUAGAUAAGGGGUGUCAACAUAACUACUAUGAAGAUGCCAAAGCCUAUGGAUUCAAAAAUAAAUUGAUUAUUGUUGCAGCAGAAACAGCUGGAAAUGGCUUAUACAAUUUUAUUGUUCCACUCAGAGCCUAUUAUAGACCAAAGAAAGAACUUAAUCCCAUAGUGUUACUACUCGAUAACCCCCUUGAUGAUUUGCUAAGAUGUGGGGUGACCUUUGCAGCCAAUAUGGUGGUUGUGGACAAGGAAAGUACAAUGAGCGCUGAAGAAGACUACAUGGCAGAUGCCAAAACUAUUGUAAAUGUUCAAACGCUAUUUAGGUUGUUUUCAAGUCUAAGCAUUAUCACCGAAUUAACUCACCCAGCCAAUAUGAGAUUCAUGCAGUUCAGAGCCAAAGACUGCUACUCUCUUGCUCUAUCCAAACUGGAAAAGAAAGAGCGAGAGAAAGGUUCUAAUCUUGCAUUUAUGUUUCGACUGCCUUUUGCUGCUGGAAGGGUUUUCAGCAUCAGUAUGUUGGACACACUGCUUUACCAGUCAUUUGUGAAGGAUUAUAUGAUCUCUAUCACAAGACUUCUGCUGGGACUUGAUACCACACCAGGAUCUGGGUUUCUUUGUUCUAUGAAAAUCACAGAAGAUGAUCUCUGGAUUAGGACAUACGCCAGGUUAUAUCAAAAGCUUUGUUCUUCUUCAGGCGAUAUUCCCAUUGGGAUCUAUAGAACUGAAUCUCAGAAACUUACCACAUCAGAGUCACGAGAAAUGGCUUCACAAUCUCAAAUCUCUAUCAGUGUUGAAGAAUGGGAAGACACCAAGGACACCAAAGAGCAAAUUAACUACCGCAGCAAUCAUCGUAACUCCACAUCCAGCGAUCAGUCAGAUCAUCCCCUGUUAAGACGAAAAAGCAUGCAGUGGGCCCGGAGGCUGAGCAGAAAAGUACCAAAGCACUCUGGCAAAACAGCAGAGAAAAUCAGCCAGCAGCGAAUGAACCUUUACAGGCGGUCUGAAAGACAGGAACUUGCAGAACUUGUCAAAAACAGAAUGAAGCACCUGGGGCUUUCUACUGCAGGAUAUGAUGAAAUGAAUGAUCAUCAGAACACUCUUUCUUACAUCCUGAUCAAUCCUUCCCCAGAUACAAGACUAGAGCUGAAUGAUGUUGUUUACUUGAUCCGACCUGAUCCACUGGCCUAUGUUCCAAAUACUGCACCUAGCCGAAAAAAUAGUUUCUGCAAUACAGUGGGACAAGACACCAGGGAAGAAACACAACUUUGAUAUACUACUGACCACACUGCUAAGAGACAUUUUUUUAUACAAGUAUAUUGUAUCCAGUAUACUGUAUGCUUUUUGAAAUCUAAUCAAAAUGGAAUGGCUUUAUUUUUUUCAUACCUUCUUGGGAUAAAAAAAAUGCUGAUUUUCAAGAAGCAGGCACAAUAUUCAAUUUUGGGAGCAAACGUACUCUGAACUCCAGCGAUUACCCAAUUUUUAAUAUGUUCAUCAUUUUGAAAAUGGAACUUUGUCACACAUUAACAAAGCAAUCCUGAAAACCUGUAUUAAAUUUUAACUGAACUAAUAUGAACAAUGACUUAAACAUUUAAGAAAACCUGUCAUCAUGGACCUCAUUACUACUUGUAAGUGAUUGUUUUUCUCAAAAAUGAUAGUGAGUCACUGAUUAGGCCUGUGAACCAUAGCCUGAAAGAGUGUUUAUUAUGAAAUAUCAAAUGCCUGUAGAUACUGAUAGAUACAUGAUGGUGUAUCUAAAAUCUGGAAAUAUUUGCAUUAUGAAGCGACUAAAAGUCCCAAUCAGGAAUCUGUAUCAGAAUCAUAAAAGCCAGAAUUCAGCCUCUAUGAUCAGUUUUCAGUUUCUCCUCUUUGGUCAACUAUUUGAGAACAGAUCAAUUUUAUAGUCCCAAUAUGUGGUCCUGCAGGAUGUAGCAGAUUAUUAGUUCUGUCGAAUUGCUGGUAGAAUAUUUUAUAUGAGACAUAAAGUACAUCUGAUAAGGGAUCUGCUCUAAAGGAUUAUCAGCUCUGGGAAGAUCAGUUGGAUGUUUUAGUUCUUCUGAACUUCUGCCUCAGCACGUGCAAAAAGUGGAGCAAUUUCUAAGAGCAUUGAUAACAAGAACCCUCUUUCUACAGAGACAGGAAUCAUUUUAGUUCAUAAGUCUGUGAAGAAAGCAUUCUAGACAAGUGCAAAGGAAUAAAGGUGUUAUCUACAUGAGUAAGCAGACACAGAAAGAGCUAGGUUGGAUAAUAAUGCUUUUUAUCUACUUGGAAUCUGAAUAGAAUUGUGCUGGUAGUUUUAAAGUCCUGCUAACAUAUCUCAGAUAACAAAUGCCUCCAUCUCUUUGAAAGUCAUAAGUUCCAAAUAUCCAACUCAGUACAUUUCCCUCAAAAACAUAGUUUUGUGUAUUUUCAAUAUAAAGUUAUGCAGCAUGUUGAAAAUUAAAGAUUUAGCAGAAAUGUAAAAUAAAAAAAUCAGCGAAGUAUCACAUUAAAUAGUGGGGGAUGCAAGACUAAUUGCACUGUUCAGUUUUAUAUUUAAGACAAGGAAAGUUCUUAACUAGUGUAUAAUUAUUUGAAGGUACUGUAGAAUCUCUAUUUUGCUGAGACUGAUGUACCACAGAAUAUAGAGCCUGUGUUGCAGAAUUUUUGUCAAGCUUCUUAUGAAACAGAGCAGGCUUUGCAUAUGGUCUUCCAAAGUUACAUUCUUGCUUUUGCAUAUCUUACAUAAGGGGGUGGGGAGCGAGGGAAAUGAAUAGUAAGUUGCCUGGGUGUCUUCAAAUGAAGUCUCACCCUCAAUGAUUCAUAUAGAACAAUUUUAAAAAUUAGCUAUGAGGUCAAUUGGCAAUGCUUACAAGUCUGUGAAUACCCUAAACUCUACAUGUAGGAAAAUUGUUACAUAGUCUAGAAAAACAUGUAAUUAUUUGUUUAGCAUUUUCUAUAUUAUUUGAAACAGCAACUCUAUGGUUGUACGUGUCCUGAAAAAUAAAAUUGCAAAACUCUGUGUA